AUAAUUGUAAGGUUUCAUGAAGCGACGAAAAACAAACGAAAAUAAAAAAAUAUAUAAAAUUUUUAUUGAAUUUGUGCAUCCUGUGGUUAGAAAAAUAAUAGUGAAAGUGUAUUUAAAUUAAUUGUAAUACUUUCAAAAGAUUGUGAAUUGCUUCUUGUUUGAAAUCUUUUGCAAUAAAAAGAAAUUCUACUACUCACUAAAUUAAACUUUGUAUGCAAAGGGAAUGGAUGAAGAAUGUCUAUUACAACUUGAAGAAGUUGAAGUAAAGUUCGAGCCCCUCAGUUCUGAUGAAGAAUACGAGUUCCAGUUCGAAGUAGAUGAUGCAGAUUAUGAUGAUAUCUUGAAGGAUCUAAAGCAUAAAGACAGCGAUCUUGAAGAAGUCGACGAUGAAUUGAAAACACAUUGUCCGCAUGAAGGCUGCAAGAAAUCAUUCUCUCGAAAUCACAACCUCGUAAAACAUUUGAUGAGUCACGAAAUGGGAAUAAAUCGUCACGGCUCAAUUUGUCAUAUUUGUGGGAAGUUAAUUAAAGGAGUUUAUUCAAUACACUUGAAAAUUCACGAAAACACGAAGCAGUUUCGUUGUGACGACUGUGGAAGGGAAUUUAGGCAGAAAAUAGCAUUACGAAACCAUAUUCUAAUUCACAAGAAUGAAAAGCCACACGAAUGUGGAUGGGGCUAUAAGAAAUUCCGUCAAAAAUACACGAUGCUGCAUCAUAUGAAAAAUCGUCAUACUGGAGUUAAAGAUCAUAUUUGUGAACUAUGUGGAAAAGAAUUCAGUGAUAAAGCAACGCUGAUGAAACAUCUCUUAGUUCAUAGCACUUCAAAGCCUCAUCAAUGUAGCACUUGCUUUAUGUCUUUCCGUCAUAAAUCAUCGCUGAGUCGUCAUAAUAAAAUCCAUUUGAAAGUCACACAAUGUACACUUUGUCAUAGAAGCUUUCGUUACGAGUCAUUCCUGAAAAAGCAUCUGCUUACAGUGCAUAAGGGAGAAGAGCUCCCCAUAGUCAUGAAAUGUGAGGAAGAGAAAGAAACCAUCAAUAUCAUUACUUAUGAUACUGAUCAGACAUCUCAAAUUAUUCAACUAGAGCCUUCAUCGCAAUAUUAUUCGCAACCUAUACAAGUUACUAUCAACAAGGUUGAGCAUACUUAUUCGUCAUGAGGUUAAACAAAAUAAAUGCUUGUUGCAUAUUCAAAGAUAAAUAAAAAAUAUUUUUGAUAUGAAAAUCUAGAAAAA